UAGUAUGUAUGCAUACCUGAUACCAGUGCAUGAAUACAUAAUGCAAUUCUUUUAAUUUCAUGUUUUCGUUUUGCAAUGUUGUCCGGCUAAUGUUUGGAAUAUACAUUCUGGUCGAUCCUCCCCUAUUUCUAUAUUUCCGCAAUUAUGAUGAAAUAAAAGAAAUUUAGGGUUUGGCUUUUUGAAAUUCUUCGUCAUUUUAUGGGCUUCUCUUCAAAAGGCAAACUGUCGCACAAAUUUGUUGAAUUUAGGUUGCUUCUAUACUUGUAAAGAGAAAUGGGUUGUCGUUUAUUUCUUCAAUUAUGAAACCAAAUUCUUCCCCGGUUGGGUUUGCUCGAACUUCUGUUGGCUAAUGCAUUUCAACUAUGAUUUUUCUUCUACUACUUUUUUUUCUCCGUAGUUUUUAUUUUUCUUAGUGUUAACAGUGUUUGCACGGAUACGAGAAUGUUGAUUUCACGAAGAAGGGUUUACAAACUUUUGUGUUAUUCAUCGACCGAGAAGUAUUCGAUGGUUCGUUUAAGUGAAUACCUCGUGUAAUUUCUGAAGUAAAAUGAGGAAACCUGGGGAUCUCAUGGCACUCUUGUCAUCUGCAGCUUGUGAAUGGUUCUUGAUAUUUUUGCUGUUUGUGGAUGCAGCAUUUUCAUAUUUACUUACAAAAUUUUCUAAUUAUUGUGAACUGAAAACACCGUGUUUGUUAUGCUCGAGGCCAGAUAUUGUCGUCAGGGAUAAGAAACCUAGAGGGUACCAAAGUGUAUUAUGCAGUGACCACAUAGAAGAGAUUUCAUAUUUAGUAUCUUGUUCUGUUCACAAUAAACUUGCUGAUGUUAAUGGGAUGUGUGAAGAAUGUCUAGUGCCAAUUGCCAUGAAGAACAAAUCCAAUUCUGAAUCGUAUAGGUUAUUGGUGGGUAAACUAUUGGUGGAUGUUGAGAGAGCUGUUCUCCAGAAUUUAAUCUUGAAUAAGAAUAUUCGACUUGUUUCUUUGGGUCGAAGGACUUGUUCAUGUUGUAACAAGACGUGGAAAGCAAAAUCGAAUGCUGAAAGAUUACACGAACUAACUUCAGUUGGGUUUGGGGCAUCAAAAGCUAAUGUCAAGCCCCCUCUGCCUCGUGUUCCGGGUCAUAGCCGAUUCUGCCGUCGGGAUAGCUUCAAGAGAUUAAGAGAUAGAUUUGCGGGACAAGUAAAAAAUCAGCCUGUCGGGAGCAAGAGUGUUGACUCGCUGUCUCAUGUAGGGUAUACAAAGUUGAAUAUUAAAUCUGAUUCUGAUUCGGAGGUCCCUCUCUCUGAUGAUGACAAUGAAGGAAAAUCUGGACUUCGUGGGAGAAAUGAUAAUAUAGAGAAUUAUGUACCUAAAACACCAAAUGAAAAUUUGUUAACAGAAAAGCAGGCAUAUCGAGCUUCUGAAACGAUAACUUCACUUCUCGAUCAAUCAAUUCUGCAUGAUGUAAGUGAGCUCAAGAAUAAGAUAUCUGUGACAUCAGAUGAGCUUAAGUGGGCCCAUUCUCAUUCAAAGCCUAAUUUAUCUCAAAUGGCAGAGCUGAUAUCAUCAGGUGAUGGAUUCCAACCACCAGCUGUUGGAGGAGUUCCUUUUGAUGCAUCAGUAGAGACUAGUAAAUGCAAUGCUUCUCUCUCUGAUAUGCCUACCUGCUCCAUACUAUCUGAGCUUCUUUCAUUGAACAAUGUUCCUUCCUCAACCCAUAUUGAAACAAAACAACCAAACACGGCAGAUGUUGCGGGAACCAGUGACAAAGAAAAUGCAUCUGCAGCUAGACAUAUAGCAGCUGAAAUAGAAAGCUCCUCAGAGCAUGUUUUCGUACCAGUGUCUAAUGACAGUAAUCUUACCGAUGCAUCAUCUCCAAAUAAUGAAGGUACGGAGCCAAUUGUUAUCAGCCAUUCUGCUAAAAUUGAAGAAGAUACUGAGUCUCUGCAACAGGUUUCUAGUUCUAACAUGGGUCUAACAUCAAAAACUACAAGUCUGGCAGCUCAUAGUCAACUCGGUGCACUUACAAAAUGUGAAGAAUCUACUCCUCAUGCUCUUCCGGUUUCACCCUUGCUGGAGAGACAUGAUUCUGGCUGCGAAUCAUUGGAUGGAAACAGUGUAGGUGAAAUUGAAGGUGAAAGUGUUGUUGAUCACCUAAAACGACAGGUUGAGUGUGAUAGGAGUUGUAUGAGUGCUUUAUAUAAGGAGUUAGAGGAAGAAAGAAAUUCAGCUGCCAUUGCUGCAAAUCAGGCAAUGGCUAUGAUUACAAGAUUGCAAGAGGAAAAGUCUGCACUUCAUAUGGAAGCCUUGCAAUACUUAAGAAUGAUGGAGGAACAAGCAGAGCAUGAUAUGGAAGCACUGGAGAAGGCUAAUGAACUCCUAGCUGAAAAGGAGAAGGAAGUGCAAGAUUUGGAAGCGGAGUUAGAGUUUUGCACAAGUAAUUUUCGAAGCGAAUCAAUGGCUGAGAAUCUGAUUAAAUUGGAGAACGAAAACUUCAUAGUUGAGAACCAUGCCGAGAAUAGUCCUGCUGGUCCUAGUAAUACAAAAUCUAUUAAAAUUUUAGAAGGUAACAGAAAAACUGAACUUGUGAAUAAUUCAAUAUUAAACUUCGAGGAUGAAAAACUAUACCUUUCGGAAUGUUUGAAGAAGUUGGAAGAAAAGCUUCAUCAAGCUGCCUAUGAUGGGAUAUCAAAUUACAUGCCGAAUGUUGUACACUCCGAAAAAAAUACAAAUGAAGUUGAUGAUGCAGAAAACUUAUCAAUGAACGGAGAGACUCAGGUAGAUGAACAUAAUGAGAAUAAUGGUUUGCCGCUGCAAAAAGAAGUAUCAGGAUCAAAUGGAAGUCCGGCACAGGACCUGCCUACUGAUUUGGUCGAGGAUAAUCAUUUUGUUUCUAAAAGUAGUGAAUCUAGUGAUAGUGAUAUUAUGGAUAGUGAUAGAUGUAAAUUGUCCGUGAAUAGAGGUCCAAUAAACUUGGCUACAUUUGAGAAAGGAAUGGCAGACCUUCGUCACCGAUUGGAAGCACUUGAGACCGACCGUGAUUUCCUCAACCAUGCUUUUAAUACGCUCAGAAAUGGAAAGGAUGGAUUGCAGUUUAUUCACGAAAUAGCUAAUCAGCUACAAGAAUUACGAAAAAUUGAGUUCAAGAAGAGAUGCAUAUCAAUCCCUUGAGAUCGUGCGUUUCCCAAUUGACACAUGACCAGAAGAAGAGCUGAACCAAGAACCUUGAGCAAGCUUCAUAAUCUGAUAUACAGUGUUUAAAGACAGACAAUGUGACAGAUGUAUCUUAUGAGUCUUCCUGAAGUUCGCAGAUUCAUGAUAAAGAUUUGCAGAUAAGUACCCGUUUAGUUUUCUCAGAUGAGGAAGGUACGCCGGAGGAAUGGGUUACAUAUUCAUCCUUCAUUUUCUUGUAGAGUUUUUACCCUUCUUUCAAAUGAUUAUGACACUAGAUUGGGUUUUGUUCUCUAGUUGUUUUUGACCAAAAACUAUAUCAUUUUUCUUGUACUCUGCUUUUGUUACAGUUCCCUAUUCUGAGCUUCUAAUUUGAGAGCUUUAUUCAAUUCUAUUAUGUUGCUUUAAGGUUGGUCAUAGUAAGCGAGUC